UUAUCUGUUUCUCGCUGAAGAACAUUGAGGAACAUCAGAACAGAUGACGCCCAAGAAAUGUCUGACAACAUUAGAGAAGAGCUUGAUCUUCCUAUUUGUAGCCCUGACUGCAGUCACUAUUGGAAUAGUUGUUGUGUUUGUCAUUGAGAGGAACAACUCAAGUCCAAAAGAGGAUGAGAUCGAUACGGGAUGUGGGAGUCUGCAGGAGCUGACAGCUUCCUCAGGGGAAUUCUCCAGUGGGAAUUACCCCAGCAGCUAUGACAAUGGCAUGAGCUGCAGCUGGCACAUCACAUAUUGUGGCUAUUCUGUGCCCAAACCAGUAGUGUCCUUAGGAAACAGCAUUUUUGUGUAUUUUGACACCAAAGACAGGUACACAGAGAAGGGAUUCAAAGCCCUAUACCACGCUGUGGCCCCUGAGACAACGUCAGCUGACCUAGAAAGAGACACAGCACGUCACCAAAUCUCUCUCAUUCCCAUGCUUCUAGAAAUAGUUAGGGCUGGUGGCGUUCUUCAAGGUGCCCUGUUGACCCUUGGCUUUCCCUCACAAAACUAUGAGAACGGCGCGCUCUACCAGUGGAUUAUACAUGUACCUGAUGGGGAAAAGGUCCAGUUAACAUUCACAGCAUUUAACCUUGUCCCAGAAUCAUGUGGUGAUUUUUUGGAUGUUUAUGAUGGUGCUUCAGAUGGUGCCGCCCAACUGAACAAUUUCUGUGGAAACAGUCUUCCGGCUCCGGUGUUGUCUAGUGGCAGUAGUAUGGUGGUUAGUUUCAAGUCUAAUUCGAGCAGGACUGCCAAAGGCUUCAGUGCUUCAGUGCCACUACACUGUGCCCCACCAGUUACAACCACUCCAACAAGCACCACUAAGACCACGACCACUGGACCAACAAUUGCCACACCAGUUCAGACCCAAACACCUGCUCCAGAAGACUCUGGCUGUGGGUCCCCUGGGAAGCAGUCCGGACGUAAAGGUCAAAUAAACUCCAAAAACUAUCCUCAGGCUUAUCCUGCAAGCUUGAUGUGCUCUUGGGACAUCACAGUGGAUGAGGGCUUUCUUGUCAAACUGCACAUCACAGAUCUGGCCAUCGUGGGUGAAGCAGUCCAAUGAGGCAAAGAGAAACUCACCGUCACUGAUAGUCAGCAGUCACUGGGCACACACUGCAGGUUUGUUCUUCCCCUGGUACUUAUCGUCAGCAACAACAUGUCACUAAGUUUCCAGUCAGACGCUCGGCUAGCCGACCGCAGCUUCUCUGCCACAUGGGAAGCUGUGUAUCCAGAGGACCUUUCUGAUAUCCAGGGAUGUGGAGGUUUCUCACAGAAGGAGACAGGCAUCAUCAAAUCUCAAAACUGGCCCACGAACUAUCCAGCUAACAGCAUGUGUCUGUGGACCAUACACAUUCCCAAGGGGAAGACCAUUAAAUUGAUGUUCACUCAUUUUGACGUGGAAGAGGCCGGCAUCCUUUUCGGCCAGUGCAAUGACAACGUGGUAGUCUACGACGGAACACAACCUGGAGCAAAAAACACAGGCCCCUUUUGCAGCUCCAAAAUACCAGCUGUCAUCGAAAGCACAACAAAUGAACUUCUUUUCUAUGCCGAAAUUUUAAUUGAGGCCAAAGGUUUUCAUGCACACUGGACUACUGAUUCCACCUUACCGACCCCCACUGAGCCUCCGGUGCCACCCAACCCUUGGGAUGACAUCAAGAUAGACUGGCCUGAGAGCUGCUGGAAGCCCACGAUCCCUCCGGAUGUCAACACUCUCAUAGUGAACAGAGAACCUGCCAAAGCUCACUCCUGGCCGUGGCAAGUAUCCAUGCAGGUUUGGCGUGAUUCAGAGCCUUCACCCAAAUUCGGUCAUACAUGUGGAGGAACUCUCAUCCAUAAAAACUGGGUCCUGACAGCUGCGCACUGCUUCAUCAGGUAUGCUGAUGAGCUGCAUCGCUGGAAGAUGUGUCUGGGGAAACACAACCUGACCUUCUCUGAGCUGACUGAGCAGUGUUUUAACGUGCUUGGCAUCUAUCGUCACGAGGGCUUCCAGUACCCAACUGUGCCAACUGUGGAGUUCGACAUCACCCUGGUGCGACUGGAUGGAGAGGUGACACCCAACGACUACAUUGAUUUCGCCUGUCUGCCUUCAUCUGAGGAGGUCCUGCCCGAAGGAAAAAAAUGCUAUGCCACCGGCUGGGGAGAUGAAACAGGUAACUCCACUGCUCCCAAAGUCGCUGAGGCAUUGAACCAGGUGGCUCUGCCGGUAGUGGCGUAUGACACCUGUAAACGCAUGGACUAUUGGUGGUUCCAGGUCAAGACCUCCAUGAUCUGCUGUGGCUACACUUUACCUGAUGAGCUCAAGUCUGUAUGCCAGGGUGACUCAGGUGGACCCCUGGUAUGCCAAGACGGCCCCUCGGCUGCCUGGGAGGUUCACGGCAUCACUAGUUUUGGUCCAAUCGGCUGUGUCUUUGAUAAGAAGCCCAGCGUCUUCACACGUUCCUCUGCUUACCUGCCUUGGAUUGAAAACAUCAUUCGCAAAGACAUCUAUGACUUCACCAGUUCUGGUUGUGGUGGACUAAAGGAUCUGGUUGGAACGGAAGGCAUGCUGGAAUCUAUGGAUCAUCCAGAGAGUUACAGUAACAGAGCUUCCUGCAAGUGGAAUAUCCGUGUGCCCACUGGGAAAAACGUCUACCUUCACUUUAGCAACUUCUCCCUGGAGGAGACCACGCUGUGCCUUAAUGACAAAGUCACUCUCAGCGAUAGCAUCGGCACUCUGGGUACCUACUGCACAUCUCCUCCGAGAGAUCUAGUCGCGGCUGGAGACACACUGACUGUCAGUUUCUCCUCCAAUGACAAAAUCGUGGACACCGGGUUCAGUGCCAUUUGGAAAGCAGCGAAUCCUGCUGACAUAGAGGCUGCUGUUGGUUGCGGUGGGCACUUUACUAGUCAGCAGGGGGAGCUCCGAUCACCCAGCUGGCCCAAUGAGUACCCGAGCCAAACAGUGUGCACCUGGACUAUCUCCGUUCCCUCAGCCACUGGAAUUUAUAUCACCUUCACUCACUUUGAACUGCAGGCUGUUAAUUUGCUGGGGCAGUGCGUGGAUUACGUGGAGAUCUUUGAUGCUGCUGGGUCAUCAAAAGGAAAAUUCUGUGGCUCUAACUCACCAUCUUUAACUGUCAAUGGGGACAAGGCCACCAUCCGCUUCCUCAGUAAUGAUGCUAACCAGAAAAAGGGUUUCCAAGGACACUGGACCACCGAUCCUGGUGUUUUCCCAGAAGAACACUUCUAAUCAGAAAGAGCUUGUGUGCGAUUGACUGUACAAAUAGAUUCAACAAGAAAUCAGAGCUAUCUUUUUAUAGACUGUCAAAAGCUACCAAAUCAAAUAGACUGCUGUAAAUCCAUAGAAAAAAACUGGAAUCCAGACACCAAAAUGUGGAUUUGCCAUUGACAUUUUGUCACGUUUGUUGAAUUUUGGGGUAAAUCAAUAUCGUAGGUUGUAUAUUGGAUUGACAACUCACCAAUUAAAUCUUUACCAUUUAAUAUCCUGUGUACCUUUAAACUAUUUGUCAGUGUUUUUAGCAGCACCCUGGAGACUACACCUGCAUAGUAAUGACCUACAGUGACAACCACUCAGAAGCCAUAGCAUCAGCAUAGCAACACUCUGGCAGCCUCCCAGAACAUCCCAUUAACCAUCAAUCUCCCUGCUGCGAUUGGCCAAUGUGGUUACCAUGACACCCGAGAUCAGUCGGGUUUGCCUUCCCAAACCCUUGUCUAUCAUGCCUGCCGGAGAUGUCUGUUAUGUAACAGGCUGGGCAGUGAGAGAGGUCAGACGAACAAAGACCUGUUCAUCUGAGUUGAUUGAUUUAGUUAAGCACCUUUUGUCAUUUGUUCCAGUUGCUAUUCAUUAAUUAGUAAGUAUCAGCAGAUAUUAAUGGUGUGUUUAUUGCAACGAUAGAAUGUAAGGCCUGAGGCCAUUCUAACAGAAUGCAAGAAUGUUAGAAGAGAAUGUAAGGCCAUACUGUGCAACAGACCUUAAAGAAAACCCAUUUGAAAUUUCAAGCAGUACAUGGACAAGUUGACACUCAAGCACAUGCAUGAAAACAAUAAACGGCCUAAUCAAGCUAUA